AUGUUCCUACUAAAGCUAUUGCUUCUGGCGGCGAUAGCUACUCAGGAGGGACUCCUUUCCUGGCAACUGAUGACAAGUAAAAUGCUUGUAGUAAUGAUAGAUGCAGGCCUCCUCUUCAUCUUCCUCUACCUACAAGUGAGAUCAGCCAACAGUACACACAUGUACAUGAUUUACAUAUACAGUGUGGUGGCUAAAAUAACGGUGAUUUACUACGUUUCCCUUCCGAGAACCCUCAUUAGCCUCCAUGACGAGACGGGUGGAAUGGGACCAUCACCCCAGUCACCGGCUCUACCGUUACCCCUACAACUGAAUACCUACGCAGAGAGCAUACACAUCAUCAGCUCAACCAUCCUGCUCUCUAUACUCAUCUACAUUCUGUUUUUUUUCGUUACCGAUUUUGAUCUACUCAAAGUUCGUUUUAUCAACCUGGAGAUAUUUUUUUGCCUCCUCAUAAUAACCCACGUAUCUAUUGACUUCAUAGAUAUAUCAGACUUCUUCUAUUGUAUUCAUUUGCAUUUUUUCCUCUACUACUUCCGUAUUGUACAGGAAUUAUGUUUGUUUACUAAUCCCGUUUUGUUUGUCCAUGCGUCCAUCGAUAAGAAUGGUCCCGUGGAAUUUUAUUCCUUCUGCUUGCAUCUCUACCAAAGUGUCUUCAUCCUCUUUGGUGUUCUACUCUGUGUGAAUAUUGCCAUACAUGCUUACUCACUUCCUAGUUUUUCGUACGAAAGUAAUAAGAGGUGGAAGCUAUCCGCUAAAGGGGGGGCAGAUCUACCAAACCUUCCAUCCAAUGGACCCUAUUUGCUACACAGUUAUAGCCGAGAUACGACUCUGUGCAGAUGGACCAAUGACCAGAAGAAGGCUGCCAACGGGGCAGGAACCAAAGGCUAUUAUGAGAAUUACCCUAGUGAGGCCAUUAUAAAAGAGAGUAGCUCUCUGGGAAUACCUCCGCAAUUACCUGCACAGUUACCUGCCCAAUUGGAAAGGAAAUAUUCGAUCAGUAGGGGCAUGCGUGGGAGUACUUCUCCGUUCUCUCCUUCUUCCCGUGCUUUAGGUUCCACUGAAACCUUCCUCCCCAGAUCCAAGGUCGGCGGAGACGCCAUGUCCUGCCUCAAGUAUAUCAGCAUAUACAGCUUCUUCUUCACCGAUGUGUCUCUCUUCAUGGCACGAUUGUUCCUUUACCUGGUCUUCUCCGCUACCGCAUGUUCCCCCCUGUUCAUAAUUAAGAAUCUGUGCUUCGCCAUCAUCCAUGGGUCACGCAUCUACCGAAAGUCCAAGUUUUACAACCGCCGCAGAGAUGAAAAAGGUCGACGCGAAAUGUCAUCCAACGGGAAGGGCUACACCAACCAGGGUGAUAUCUCCACCGAUACGUUGGAAACGAACCAUCCAGAAGAGGGUGAGAUGUAUCAUCCAGAAAAGUAUGAGAUGUAUCAUCCGGAAGAGUGUGAGAUGCAUCAUCCAGAAGAGCGUGAGAUGCAUCAUCCAGAAGAAUGCGCGAAGAACCACCCAGACGAACGCCCAAAACAAUGGACACAGAGACCAUCGACCAGCUUGCACAUGAAGGAAAGCAACGUGAACGCAUAUCUCCUCAGUAGGAGCUACAUGUCUGUCGAUACGAUAAAUAUAAACCUUAUUAAAAAUGCUAAUUACAACCGCAUUAACAGUCUGACUUACGAUAAAAUUAGCGCACACUUUUAUUUGCACUAUUUAAAACACAACGGGCUGAACUUCCGAAGAUAUAUGUCGUGUUAUGUGGACCAAAUAGAAAAGAAUUCCAUGGGCUAUUCUCUGAUCUUCCUCUUCUUCUUCAUCCUCAUAGCCACAAAAAUUGGCAUCCUCGUAAUCACCUACACGAUGAACUUUGACCAGGAUCUCAACCAACAUUUGUAUGAAUUGACUUACCUAUGGAAUCUGAAUUCCCUCAAGUCCUCCUGGAUUCUUAGAACAAAUUCCUUUAUCAUUUUAGCCUAUUCAUUCUGCUCCUUCCUUCUGUACAUAUUUACCUGUUCCUUAUUCGAUGGAAUUUUCAUGUCCUUGAUGUAUUUCUUCAAUCUGUUAUCUUUCUUUUUCGUCCUCCUCAUCAUGUCAAAAUAUAACCCGUCCUACGACAUGCUGGACUACUUUAAUAAGAACAAGAACACCCUGGUGGUUCUCCUCCUCUUUGGCUACCUGGCCUACCUCUUCCUCGCCGACACGUACAUGUUCAUCUACAUGCUUCUUGGACGCAAGUACAUUACCUAUCGAAGACGAAUCAAAACGCGCAGGGCAAACGAACCACAAGCAAGAACCGCACACAACGCACAAACGGAGGAAGAGAUCCUAACACCCAUAUCAGUGGUCUCCUCUUUUAUUGUCAAAUUGAUUAAACACAUGAAGGGACCCAUCAUGCUUAACAGAAUAAUAAUUAGUAAAAAUUUAAUUAAAAAUACACGAGUGGAUAAUUUUCUGUUUUUUUGUCACGUAAAAGAAAUUGCCGUUAAGUUGGUUCUUUACUUUUUUUCAUGCUUCCUUUCGCUCAGGGAAGACGCGAUAAAUAUUUCUUUCCUUCUCUUUGUUUUUUUUGUGAAUCUUGUUUUCUCCGUUAUGUAUUUGAUACUUUCCAAGGUGGACCGGGACGUGACCAUGGAUAGCAUCUUCACCCAGGCGCUCUUCCUGCACCUUAGCGGAGCCUCCCGAAAAGGACUGGACGCUAAAGGGACCACCAUUUCCAAAGGCCAGAAAGAAGAAGACGCCUUCCAUCAGCAGAUCCCACAAACAACAGUGUAUGAAAAUUAUUCCUACGAUUAUACACUCCUGUUUGAGAACUGCCUUAAUUAUUUUUGA